GGCCAGGAGUGAUCAGGGAGGGGCGGGGCCAGGAGCGCCAUAGAAUCCCAGGGAAGAAGUCCUGCAAAGAGUGGGAGCGGAGCUCAAACAUUUUGGCCCCUCUUGAUCAUUGAAAGACCUCAACUUCACACAAUUAUUUAAGUAUCUUACAGAACUUGACAGAUAAAGCAGCGAGACUAGAGAGGUGGUGCUGAAAAGCAAAAAAAGAAAGUGGUUUCUUUGCCACAGAAUGGCAGAAACCCAAGAUGCAAAAGCUAUGGUGGUUUUGAUCAAGGAGGGCAUGGAUCCCGAAAUAAAGAUGGAGGAAGAGGAGGGGGAGUCGGCCAUCAUCGAACCAGGUGACGUAAACGAAGGCACCGUUCUUCUGAAAGCCAAGGUGAAGCAGGAGCCAGAGGAUGGGCCCUCUGGGAACUGGGAUGCCCAGUUGCAGGGCUUUUUGAUGGGCCUUCAAGCUCAUCCUUUGAGUGGAGGAACUCCACAGCCUCCUGAACUGAACCAAUGUAACGAUCCAGCUGUUUUCAACAAGUGGCCCAGAGAAUUGUGGGUUUCCCAAGUCCAGCCACAAGGCACUGGAGAAAUUCAAAAGAGUGCGACGCACAGUGGGAAGAGGGAAGAGAGAGUUCUGGCUGGAGAAGCCAUUGAAUCAAAAACACAGCACGAGCAGUUCCGGACAUUGCGCUACCAAGAGGCUGAUGGGCCACGGAAAUUUUGCCAGCGGCUCCAAGAGCUUUGCCGCCAGUGGCUGAAGCCUGAGAGUCACACCAAGGAGGAGAUGCUGGAGUUGGUGACCCUGGAGCAGUUCCUGGCUGUCCUGCCAGCAGAUAUGCAGACCUGGCUCCGGAAGAAUGCUCCAGAGACAUGCGCCCAAGCAGUAACCCUGGCAGAAGAUUUUCUCCUGUGGCAACCAGAGGCCAAAGUCUGGGAAGGACAGGGCAUGGCAGUGACAGAUGAGGAUUUGGUGAACCUCUCCCAGGCCAAUCAGGCUCAGACAGAUGUGGUGAAGAUACAGAUUCUCACCGAAGCCAAGCAGGAGAGUGAAGAGAGUGCAUCUGUGUUGGCAGAUGGAGGGUGGAUGGAAGAAAGCGAGGAGGAGAAGAAACCCGUCUUGGAGCAUCCUGAGCAAAUGGAGCUCUCAGUGAUGUUAUUGAAAACAGACCAAGAGCCUGAUGAGAGUCAGUAUAAGCCAGAGAGACAGAAUGGAGGGGACGAAGAGGAGGGAGAGGGUCACUUGGUUUGCAAAACUGAAAAUGAACCCAACAUCCAGGAGGUUCAGAAUGUGAAAUAUGAGGAAUGUGAUGAAAGCUUUGGCCUGAGUUCAGACCUGAGGAUGCACAACAGCCCCCAGGGAGAGAAGAAGCCAUAUCAGUGCUGGCAUUGUGGCCAGAGCUUCAGUAGCAGCUCUGAGCUUCUGUCUCAUGAAAGAAACCACGUCGGGGAGAAACUGUAUACCUGUUCCAACUGUGGAGAAAGCGAGAGGAUCCACAUGGGCCAGAAGCCACACAAAUGCUCAGUCUGCGGGAAUACCUUUGGCUGCAACACCCAGCAGGAAAAACAGAAAAGAAAGAAAAUACACGUGUGCCCAAUCUGUGGGAAAGCGUACAUGAAGAUAUCGAGUUUCCUUCAGCACCAGGGGCUCCACAGAGGGGAGAAACCUUAUAAAUGCUCAAAGUGCGCAGAAAACUUUGGAACGUACACGAGCCUCAAAGUCCACCGGAGAACUCACACGGGCGAAAACCAGUAUAAAUGUUCGUACUGCGGGAUGUGUUUCAGCUGCAGCCCGCACUUGAGAGCGCAUGAAAGAACCCACAUGGCAAUGUGCUCCUACUGUGGGAAGAGCUUCAACAAAAAGUCCGAACUUAUCGAACAUGAGAGAACCCACUCAAGAGGGGAUUCUUUAGCCUGUUUUGUCUGCGGGAAAGCCUUUGAAGUCAUAUCUGAGCUGGUUUUCCAUGUGCGGACCCACACGGAUAAGCCGCCCGAAUGCUCGGACUCGAGGGAAAUCUUCCAGUGCUCGCAGUGUGGCGAUACGUUUAGUCAUGGCUCUGCUCUCAGAGUCCAUCAGAGAAUCCACACGGGGGAGAAGAUAUAGUGGGCAGUGUUCCUCUUGGGCCCAUAACCUAGUGUCAUGUGAGAGAGUGCACUUGUUUAUGUGCUCCUGAUGUGGGAAAAGCUUCAGUUCUCAAUCAGACCUUGUUGAACAGGAGAGGACCUGUGUGAGAACAUCUGGCAUCUCUUCAGAACUGCGAAUUCGUAUGAAAACCCACAAUUGUUUGAAUGCUUGGACUGAUAGGGGGGAAAAACCCCUUCAGGAAAAAAAUGCAACUAAUUAUGCAUCAGGCAGGAAGUGGCACAUAUAAGCCUGUUUGUAGGAAAGUCUUUCAUCAGAGGCAGAGCCUCGCUCUUCAAAAGAAAGAUGGUUUCAAAGACAUAGAUAUUUUGAAAGGUCCCUGACCUUAAGUCUUGCAAGAGACCCAGGAGAUGGAAGAGAAAUGUUACAACUGCUCCUGUUGUCACAAAAAGUUUCAAGUGUCCACUUUAUCUCUUGCACUAGUGAAUUCUCGCAGAAGAGGAAUUGAUCAGACUAUGAGGAAACUUUUAAACAGUUCCCUUAAUUUUUACAUGGGGUGCCCUUAAAUCACUCUCAUAGACUAAACUGAGGUAACAUGGAAUUUGGCCCUGGUUUGAAUAUGAUCACAUUUUUGUAAGAAAAUCAACAAGAUUAUUCAUGUUUUGGAGCUAUGUUUUUAUCAAAUGCCAACGUUGGCAGUACUGGAUUUUUAGCACAGGUAGGUCCAGGUUAUUAAAAAUGUAUUCAUACAAGA